AUGCCUUCUGGGGAGCAAGCGUGCGAAGCAUCUUCAUUCCAGGAUUUGGAGCUAUACGGCAGUCAAAUUCUCAACAUCACAACAAAGACACACAUCAACCUGUCAUUUGAAGCUCCCGCUGACCAAAAUCAUUACGCUGUCACUGUGAACGGCCUGAACGCUUGCGAAGUCACUAUUACAUACACACAUCCCGGGUAUAACGACACGAUCAACACCGUCAUCUGGCUGCCUUCCACUGAAAACUGGACUGGAAGGCUUCUAGGAGCUGGUGGUGGGGGUUGGGCGACAGGACCUGAAACUAAUACCACGCUUCUAUGGGCAGCUAGCGAGGGGUUUGUUGCCAUUGCGACGGAUGGAGGUCACAUCGGUAAUGACAUAAGCUGGUCGCUAGUCAGUCCUGGCAAUGUCAAUUGGGUAUUGUUGGAAGAUCUAUCCUCGGUUGCGCUAGAUGAUCUCGCCACGCUUGGGAAGGCGGUCGCGCAUUCCUACUACGGUAGAGUACCAAGCUACAGCUACUGGAACGGAUGUUCCCAGGGUGGCAGGCAAGGUUAUAUGAUGGCUCAGAGGUAUCCAAAUCAAUAUGACGGUAUCCUGGCAACUGCUCCAGCCAUAUACUGGAACGAGUUGAUGAUGCAACUCAUCUGGCCGCAGGUCGUCAUGAACGAGAAUGGAUUUCCGUCCCCACAGGAGUUUGAGGCUAUAAAUGUUGCUGCCACCGAAGCCUGCGAUGGACUAGAUGGACUAAAGGAUGGCAUUAUCUCGUUACCCCAAGAAUGCACUUUUGACCCGAUGACCGUUGUUGGCAGACAACACAUUUGUCCGUCUACGAACCAGAGCAUGACGAUCACAACCACUGUAGCCACGGUCGCCAAGAUGAUAUGGCAGGGUGCCACGACAACCGAAGGCCGUUUUCUUUGGUACGCCGGCAACAUCGGUGCUACAUUUGCUGGCCUCGCUUCAACAACGUGUAAGAGCAACAAUACAUGUGUCGGUGUACCGUUCACCGUCCCCCAGACUUGGAUUACCGACUUUGUUCUGCGGGAUCGUGAGUACGAUACUGGAGGACUUAACAUCUCGUAUUUCGAAGAGCUCUUCUACCAAGCUGUGGACCGUUAUGAUUCCAUCAUCGGAACGGCGAACUCGAACCUCGAUGGAUUUCGCAAAGCGGGUGGCAAGCUUCUCUCAUGGCACGGACUUGCUGAUCAGGCCAUCGCGCCUGACGCGACUGCGCACUACGCGCAGCAGGUCAACGAGCGUGACGCGAAUGCUAGCGAUUACUAUCGAUACUUCGAGGCGCCAGGUGUCGAUCAUUACGGCGGUGGGCUGGGUUGGUAUCCUGGAGAUGGUCUUAAGGCUCUCAUUGACUGGGUAGAGAUGGGUGUGGCACCCGACACGCUCGAGGCAAAGACGACAGCGGGUAGGAAAGCGGAACUUUGCUUGUGGCCGAAGCACUUGAUGUAUGUGACUGGAAAUCCCGAUGAGGCAGCAUCGUUCGAAUGUCGAUAG